GGUGGCCACUGACGAUUCACCCUGAAGAUAGCAUAUGAUGAAAGCGUGCACGACGCGUUUGUUUAUUACACUACUAAUUUAUAUUUUCAGAGUAACUGUCGCAGAGAGAAAUGCGGCUUGCAUCCAGAGAACGGUUGAUUAUCACUGCUGUCGAUUUCCAUUCCGCUACAAAGGGGUAAAAUACAGGAAAUGCACAAAUAAUGGAGACGCCGAGGGCCGCUUUUGGUGCGCCACUGUAGACGUUAGAGAUAGCAAUAACGAAACAAGUAGCUGGGGCUACUGCAAUUUGAGAAAAUCGCAAUGUCUUGUAAAGACUACAGAAGGAGACUGUUGCAAAUUCCCGUUUAAAUAUCUUGGGAGAGACUACCUCAGCUGUGUAGCCAAUGAUAGUGAUCCAAAUGGUGGAUACUGGUGUGCAACACAGAAUGAAUCUAACAGGUCUUUGACCAGAUCGGACUGGGGAUAUUGUGCAGGUUCAACGUGCUUCUCAUGUCGAAGUAAUACAUCUUGGGAACAUUGUAACAAAAAUAUGAUAAAGAAGAUAUGUCCUUAUAAGUUUGAACAUUGCAGUGCAAUAACAAAGGAAGAGGCAUUUACAAAGGAUUGCGCUUCAGACAGUGACUGCACAAAUCUUAGUCAGCGCUGCAACGGCCAUCGUAAAUGCUCACAGCAGUGUUGCCAUGGGAACUUGUGUAAUGCAGGCAAAAGUCUUAAUGCAGGCAAAAGUCUGAAGGGCUAUCCUCAAGGAAUCAUUGCUCUUUCAUUUGCUGCUGUGUUCUCAAUCAACUUUUCCUUAUUAAGAGAAUCUGAGAUAGGAAAUGGUCCUUCCUAGGUGCGCGUCGAUGGUAUCUAUUCACAACAGCGUAAAUAUUGUUUGCCCGCCUUUCUAGGGUAGAUGUCACGUAACAGACUGCGCAUGCUCGCUGAAGGAGGUCAUCGUCGCUCGUAGUCGGCAAUUCUUGUCACCCAAAAUUCUUUCCGUCAUUUACACGAGACGCCAUUGAAUAAAUGUCAGAGAUUCGAUAACAAAUGGGUCUUGGUCAUACAAAGGUUUUUAUAGACAAAGUUUUUUUCCGACGGAAAAUCAAAGACAUAUCAAAGGAUAUCAAAGGGGAAGCCAAAGUUGACUGAUAGAAAGGAUCCUUUCUAUCCGACUGAUAGAAAGGAUCCUGGAGAAAUGACAAGUACAUUAUAAAUUAUAAAUUAUAGAUCUACGAAUACGCUACCAGAAAAAAAGAAUUGCCCUAGCCAAUCAUGAUGUCUAAUUUUAGUGACUGAUGUUAGAGUUUUCUAGUACACAAUGUCACGUGAUCAGUUUUCCAUCUGUGGAUUGUCACGAGAUUGAAGAUUCUAAAUAGAAAACCCCAAUUUUGUUUUUUCGACUUUUGACUAACAUAUUACAACUUACAAUGGCUUGGAUGACUCGUGUGUAAAGGUCAGUUCUUCUGUUAGAACAAAGGAUGUCUUCAGGAUAGAAAGCUAACUAUGAUUACAGGAUAUUCUGAAUGUGUAGCAUUUAUAUCAACGACAAUAAUUCAGAUCUUGCUGACCGUUUCAUAUCAUAAGCAGUCUAGAUGUCCCUAAAAUUAUUCAAUAUACAAGAGCACACCUGGCUCAUCAAGUUUACGAAACUGCUCAACUCAUUUUCUUAAAAAGCAAUGUGAGCAAAUAUGCAAUCAUUGUUAAAUCUCAAUCACUGUGGCAAUUUCAGAAUACAUCUUUUAGUCGGUAGUUUAUUGUCUUAAUACUCGGCAGUACAAUCUUUUGUCUAUGUUAUCCUUACCGUCGAUUUUAUAUUUUUUUGUUUGUUAUAUCAAUAUUGAGAAAGUCUGUGAACAAUACAUAAAAUAAGAAGCAGAGCGCGUGAAGCCAGAGAGAGGAGGACCCUUUUGAGCCAGCAUUACACAAGUCAGCUGUACAACAAGUGACGUCACAAUCCCCAGUCCUUGUUUCUUUGGCCUUUCUGCAACUUUUCUCUGCUGUUUGACACAUUUUGAUGUUGGCCCAUCCUUUGGCCACCUGGAAUGAAUUGCAGUAUCGAUCAGUCCAUCAGGCAAUGAGAUCAAAUUCAGAUGGAGUUCUAGAUCCAAUGUAUGAUUUACCAAAAUAUUUGGUCAUUUUGCGCACCACAAUGUUCUUGCAGAAGCUCUCACUCCUGAUAACUGUGCAAAAUGAUAGAAAGGAGGAGUUUUCGUGAUUGCUGGGGGUGUAAUUCUUCAUUUUAUUAAAACUAGUUACGAUAUCAUGUUAUAUUUGAUUGCCAAAAGGAUCCGAAUUCUUAUCACUUGGCAGACAAUCCUAGAAAACUGAGACUUUGGAAAACAUUCGUUGAUAUAAUAUUAAUCAUAACAUUGCUUUUCAAUCAAUGUAACACCUCUCAAAUACCUGUCCAUUCUCGUUGUUCAUUAUCUCAAUGCACCUGUCCUUGAGUAGUGGUUCCACAGGGCAUAUUUCUUCUCCCGUGUGUUUCCGACAGUCACUGCCUUCAUCACAUGUAAAACAUAUGAUUCCGGAUACUUCUGAAACAAAUCACCAACAUUGCUUAAGGGAGAUAGUAUGAAUGAAGAUUUAGAGAAUAGUGAGGAAAUAAUAAUUACUGUUAGGUGAAUUGAGAAUAAAAGAAAAUGAGUAACCAUAGUGGGAA